AUGCCAUCACGCAGGCAAGCUAGCCUGACCCCUAAGGAGCAAAAAUGGUCGAGAAGCAAGGGUUCUGGAACGCCCGAGAGUUCCAGUCACGACUCAUUACUAGGACAUGGUGCAAAGUCUCAACCGUUUGGAGGCGCUUCUGUUCAUGGCCUUACCUACAAUCACCUUCGAAACGCAGAUCACCGUCUCCAUUCUUGCAUAGUCUUGUCCACUUUCUCGUUGGCGGGCCUAUCCCCAGACAAGAUCACCAAAUCCGCUCGGGACAGUGCUCGAUCUGAAGUGUACGGAAAGACAGGCGAGCAAACCCAAUGCCUAGUCGCGUCCCGCGGAAGCUCUACGAGCGCAACAAACAGGCCGUUUCUGCGGUUGGUUGUGACGACACACGGAUACUUCUGUCAUGGGCCUUACGCAGUAUUCGUCUACUUGUUGAGAACCGUCUGGCAACCCACUUCCAACCGAGAGACCGUUCUCUAUCCGUUUUGUGGCAUGACUCGAACACAGCCUGGAGCUUCUGCCUUAAUGCCGAAGAACAACCAUUGCGUCAUAGGUGCUGUCCAAGACCUGAUACUGGUUGAAGCCUAUCAUGUUACAGUCGAGCAAUGA